AUGACCCCAGUUGUCAGCCAAGUAAAUGGCAUCAUCAAUCGCCUUGCAGAAGGAAGCAGGGUGCAACCCAAAGAGAGUAUGCGUCAUGAAUCGUUACGUCUAUGCACGUUCCGUACUUACCCAACUUAUGGGAAACCAUCAUGUAUAAAACUAGCCAAGGCUGGGUUUUAUUAUGCCAGUCAAAGCGAUGAGGUCAUAUGCUAUUGCUGCGCCAAACGCAUCAGUAACUGGAACGAAAAGGACGAUCCUAUGCGCGCUCACAGACUGGUAUCACCUAGCUGUCCUUUCUUGAUACGAAAUUCCGACAUCAACGAACCAGUCACAAACGAUAGCAUCGAAAGUUCCAAUCCACGACUGAACCGGAUACUGCAUUCGCUGGAUGCAUCAGACGAGCAAUCCGAUAGAGAGGAAAGAAAUAGUGACCCAGCAGCAAGUGAAGAAGUUUCUCCGUUAUGUACGUCUAGUUUAAACGCAACUGAGAAUGGUGCAAGUGGACACACGGCUGAAUUUACAGCAUGUCAAUCCACGCAACAUGCAUCUCUUAUAUCUAGCUUACCUGUUCACAAACACAGAAGUUCAGUCGCUGAUGGAAGUUCCGAAGAUAACAUUUCGACCGAGGCGCAAGUUUUUGCACCGAAUGCUGCACGAAAAAAAUCUCCGCUGGUUAAAGGGAAAGAAUUACAUGCGCGUGUUGCCUCCGCCAAGCGUGCAGACGAAACCCGAGAAAAGCUCCUCAGUGAAAACCGCGCCUUAAAAGCGCAGUGGAAAUGUCUGCGGUGUCAUAGAAACGACGUGUGCACCGCGUUCCUGCCGUGCGGUCACCUGGUUUCCUGUGAGGCGUGCAGCACCGACCCUAGUGCCAGGAAGUGCUUCUCGUGCGACGCGGUGGUGAAAGCCAGAAUCAAGGCGUUCAUUUCAUGAAGACCAUCUGAUAAUGUUACAUUUAUAACUGUGACCGCAUGUCC